AUGGAGCGUCCACUCACUUCGGCACAGUCCAACGGGCCUACACCCGAGGUAUCUGAUGGAGACGAGAAAGGCCGCGGAGUCAAUGUUCAAAACAGCGCAGAAGAAACGAGAAAUAGUUCCAUUUAUGGGAAGCACAUUCUCAAUAUAAUCUCCUGGGUACCACCGCGAUGUCGAUGGGACGUGGAGAACCCGAGCAAAUUUGGCUUGUCUUUGAAUAUUCUGUUUGCAUUCUCUGGAACAUUCACUGUUGCCAAUCUAUACUACUCGCAUCCUAUUCUUGAUGUUCUCGCACAGUACUUCGGCGUCUCGCAUGAACGAGUUUCAUUGAUUCCGACUUGCAGUCAGGCUGGAUAUGCGACUGGUCUGAUUCUCCUUUGUCCUCUUGGGGACUUGGUACGGAGAAGACAUUUUGUGUUGCUUCUGACACUUGUCACGGCGGCUUUGUGGAUUGGUGUAUGCCUCACGAAGUCGUUUGAGGUAUUCCUUGUGCUGAGCUAUCUGAGUUCUAUGACGACAGUUACUCCGCAAAUCAUGCUCCCCCUCGUUGGGGAUCUUGUCCCGCCGGCUCGUCGGGCAACAGCCUUGUCUAUCGUGUCUUCGGGGCUUAUUCUGGGUCUUAUCUUCGCUCGUCUACUUUCAGGCAUCAUUGCAGAAUAUUCGUAUUGGCGAAACAUAUACUGGCUAUCGCUUGCUCUUCAAUUUCUCAUAUUUGCCCUGCUCUGGGUGUUCAUGCCGGAUUACCCAUCGACAAACACCAACAUCUCUUACUUCAAAAUCUUGUACUCCAUCAUCGGCUACUACUGUACAUCUCCAGUGCUGGUUCAAGCAACAUUAAUGGGUUUCUUCCUCUCCGCAACAUUCACCAGCUUUUGGACAACCCUCACUUUCCUCCUAUCCGGAGACCCUUACAACUAUCCAACUCUGACAAUCGGACUAUUCUCUCUGGCAGGUCUCACGCCAAUGUUUCUUGGUCCCCUGUUUUCACGAUACAUAAUCGACAAAUAUGUGCCCCAGCUGUCUAUUCUUGUCAGUCUGAGCAUCCUGAUCAUUGGUGUGAGCGUUGGGACCUACAUAGGAAGCUUCAGUGUCGCUGGUCCAAUUAUCCAAGCGGCAUUGCAAGACUUCGGUCUACAGAUGACUCAAAUUGCCAAUCGCACUGCCAUUUAUAGUGUUGCGCCCAAGGCCCGAAACCGAAUUAACACUGGAUAUAUGAUCGGCGUUUUCUGUGGUCAACUGAUGGGUACUUCUGUUGGAAAUCGCAUUUAUAGUGAAGGGGGCUGGACUCUGACGGGGAGUGUCAGUCUUGCAUUCAUUGGUGCAGCAUUGAUUAUUUGUCUUCUUCGCGGUCCAGCUGAGAAGAACUGGAUUGGAUGGCAUGGUGGUAUCAAAAUCCGACGAGUGGAAUAA